AUUUUUGUUUUUUGAAUUUAAUUUAAUAAUAUUUUUGAAAAUAGGCCUAAAAAUGGAUUCCAUACAUAAUGACGAGAGCUUAUACCGUACACCCGAUUGUACGGUGCUAAACGUACAACCGAUUAUUUUAUCUUACAAGUAAUGAGUUUAACGUUUAAAAGAAAUGAGCAUUAAUAUUAAAUCGCUGUACUGGUAGCACAAUUGAGUAUUAGAAGUGUACAACCGAUUAUAAAUUUUAUACUUUUAUGAAAAUAUUUUAAUUAAAAAAUGUUUUGAUAUAAUUUUUAUUUUCAAAAUAAUUUCGUAUUAAAAAAGGGGUUUUUAUUUGAAUAUUACGGAGUACUAAUUUUGAACCAAUUACCAAAAAAGUGAUCACUUUUAAAAAUGAGCAAAAAAGUGAUCAAGAAGGUCAUAUUAAUGUCAUUCCUAGAUUUUAAUGUCACCAUCUUGUUUUAAUGUCACUAUCAAAUGUCACUGCCGUCACCGCCCGUGUCACUGCUGCAACCGCCUGUGUCACUGUAACCACCACAUGUGUUACUGUAGCCACCACUCGUGUCACUGCGGCCACCGCCUGUGUCACUGUGGCCACCGCCCGUGUCACUGCGGCCACCGCCAUUACCGGCCACAGUGACUUAUAUGCAGUGACAUCUAGUCUCCAUUGCCCAUAUCACUGCCACCACUGCACCUACAAAUCCGCAGUGACAUUCCACAGUGACAAACGCCGACCAGCUAUCCCGGCCACCACCAUAAGUGUCUCCCCAUACCCAGCCUACUUCCACUGCCCUCCCCAUCCCACGCCCAGCACCGGAAAAUCCGCAUCCCAACGCCCAGCACCGGAAAACCCCCAUCCCAAACACAGAGCACCGGAAAACCCUCAUCUCAACGCCCUAGCACCGGAAAAUCCCCAUCCCAUCGUCGUAGAUUUGGCCGAACGUGAUAAUCCAACAGAUCUGGGCUUAGAUUUUCGUUGCUCCGGUACAUGAGCUCCAGUACACGACGGAUCUGCCUUAACAUGAGCUACAAUACCUGCGACGACCAAACUCCGGAUGAAGACGGAUUCGGCACCGGCGGCCUUAAAUUGAAAUCUUCGCCCAUCGAGAACGACAAUUCUAAUGGAGGAGAGGCCAUCGAGGCCGACGGAGAAGGUGGUCGGCUUCAGUUGCAGACGACGGAAGAAGAAAUGAGAAGGAGAAGAUUUGUAGCAGGGCGGCGACGGAAGAAGAAACGAAGAACGGGAGCGGCGGCGGAAGAACGGAAGUGGCGGCAGAAGAACGGCAGGGAGAAUUGCUGGAAGAAAUCGGUACUCCGUCUGGUGGAAGAAUUGCUUGAGGAAGAAGAUGAUGGGAACGAUUGUAGAGGCGAAGCGUAGAAGAGAGAGCCAGAUGCGUGACGGGAUGCAGAUGAGCUUUUAGUUAAGUCACUUUUUGGUCAAAAUUUAAAUUACUCAUAUUUUUAUCCAUCAAAACAUUUUUAUAAAAGGGUCUAUCAAAACAUUAUGAGUAAUAUUUUUCCAAUUGUUUCUUAAAAAAUAUGAUUGUGGUUAGGGUUGGGUUCGGUUCUUGCGAUUCGGUUUUGACCUAAACCAAAUAUAGAAUCAAAGUAAAAAGUUCGGUUUCGGUUUGGUUUUACACUCCAAAACUUGGAACCACGGUUUGAUUGGUUCAGUUUGUUUCGGUCCGGUUUCGGUUUUUUCGGUUUUUUACCAAAAAAUUAUCAUUUGAUUCAAAAUUUAUAUAAUACUUAGAGGGAUCAAACAUAUUACAUAAAGAAUGCAAGCACAAUACAACGACAAAUAAAAUAAAAAUGAGAAGAGAUAAAUAUGUCUUGAAUUGUAUGAGUAUGCGAGAUAGAUAAAACUGUAUAUAUUAUAGAUUUAAUUUGUUUGUGAGUUGUUCGAAAAAAGUUCAUGAAUAUAUACAUUCUAUACUUCUAUGUGAUAUAGUUGAGAUGAAUAUUUAUUGUUUUAUCAAUAUAAAUUCUUUAAGUUAUCUAAAAAAAGUUAAUUACUACGAAUAACUAGUAAACACAUAUUAUUAUCAUUCAAUAUAGCUACAUUAUUACAGACAAUGAAUGUGUAAAUGAAUUUAUAAACUAAAUUAAAUUAAACAUAACACAAACAUUAUUUUUCAACACAAAAAAACCAAAGACUAAUGAUGAUAUUAAGAUUAAUUAGAAUUAAUCCUUAACAAUUAAAUUAUAAAUUUCAUAUUUUAAAUAGUUCGGUUUGUUCGGUUCGGUUUUGAAGGGUAAAAACCAAAACCGAACCAAACAACUUCGGUUCGGUUCAGUUUUUUACAUUCGAUUUCGGUUUCUUAACAGUUCGGUUUUAUUUGGUUGCAGUUCAAUUUAAUUUGAUUCAGUUUUCGGUUUUUCGGACCCAGUCCUAAUUGUGGUGGGAAUUGGGGUGGGGAUAUAAUUUACGACGUGAUGACGGGAUUUGGACAUUCCAACAAGAAAACCUACCUUUCUCAAUAUCACAUGCAAACAAAGAGUCAUGACCUGCCCACAAAUUGGAGAAAAGAAAAAUCGAGAGAAAUUUAGAUCAAGAUCAAAACCCUAACCCAAACCCGCGAUUCAAGGUUUCGUCCAUUCCAGUAAUAGAAGCAGAUUCUUAGAUUUCAAAGAACGAAAAACAGCUACUUCGUACAAAAAAAUCGACAAUCCCUCUAACCUUGGUUUCCCCAUGCACAAUCAUACCUUUCCAAUCUCCCACCUUAACUUUCUUCUUUCUCCCUUUCCAUUGCCCUGAAAUUAUCCUUUUCACUAUUGGUAAUUAUUACUCAAUCCAUUGUAUCGAAUAUUUAAUUCCUACACCAUAAUAAAUCCUUACGCUCUCUGAGUUUUUUUCAAGUUUUGCAUGUGUUAUUUAGCCAAUGGUGAUUUCGAGUUUAAUGUUAUUCAUAUUCAUUUCUCAAUCUCGAAUCUCCCUGCUUUGAUAGAAGAAGGCAUACUAUUUUGGCGGGGGAAUUGGGACUUUAGAUCACAUUUCAAGAUUCAGUUCAACUGAGUGGUAGCAUAGCAGAAUAUAAUAUAAAGAUAUUAGGGGAGGUAAUUUACAGCAAUGGGGAACAACUGUGCCCAUGGAAAAAUAUCCGGGAAGGGAUUCGAUUCAGUCUUUUGGUGGUUCAGAAUACCAAAUAAGCUAAAAGUCAAGAAAAAGGUGAUAAGUAAUAAUGGAGAUGCUAAUAGAGAACCAGUAGGUGACAUUGCUUCAGUUCAGACCAACCCCCCAGAGAUUGAGCAGAUAGAGAAAGGGGAUAAUCAGCAUAGCUCUGAAGGGCCAGAACAUAUUAUGACAGGGAAGGAAGGGAAAAAUGCAGGCUCAAAACAGGAUGAUAACAAUGAGAAACCUGUCGAGCCUUCAAAACCUCGAAAACCGCUUAAUACCAAGAGAAUGCUUAGUGCGGGUCUCCAGGUUGAUUCAGUGUUAAAGACCAAAACUGGAAACCUAAAAGACUAUUUUACUUUGGAGGAGAAACUUGGGCAUGGCCAAUUUGGCACCACUUUUCUUUGUACUGAGAAGGCAACCGGGCUAAGAUACGCUUGUAAAUCCAUAGCAAAGAGGAAGCUGUUGACAAGGGAAGACGUUGAUGAUGUCAGGAGAGAGAUUGAGAUCAUGCAUCACUUGGCAGGCCAUCCUAACGUUGUUUCCAUCAAAGGGUCUUAUGAGGAUGCUGUGGCGGUUCACGUUGUGAUGGAGCUGUGUGCUGGUGGGGAGCUAUUUGAUAGGAUCGUCAAGAGAGGCCAUUACUCUGAGCGGCAGGCUGCUGGACUCGCUAGGACGAUAGUUGGGGUUGUUGAGGCAUGCCACUCCCUUGGUGUCAUGCAUCGUGACCUUAAGCCCGAGAAUUUCCUCUUUGUCAAUGAGAAGGAGGAUUCACCUCUUAAAACAAUCGAUUUUGGGUUAUCCACGUUCUUCAAACCUGG